CAAUAUGCAGUAUACGAAUGGCACCGCACAAUGAGGCCAUCGCGAAAGUGGCGACGUUUAUUGGUAGUUGUCAUGGCGAUUUUCGCAGUGGUUGUGAUCAUCGAUGAAUAUGGCCAAACUGAAUCGAAAGUUCGAGCUACGACAUCGUUUGCUGAAAUAGACAAGGCCGCAGCCGGAAGGGCUUCCGCUGGGACUCAUAAAAGCAGCAAUGGAGACACAAAACAGGACUCUAUGACGGAUAUCAAUGUAUCGAAACAGGACAGCCAACCAGCGGUAGAACCAACCAGCGACCAAACCAAUCAAAGAUAUCUGUUUCCGAUAUUCCCAAACAAAAAGGGAGCAGGAAAUAACGUGCAAUAUCAAGCGUUUAGAAAUGCUGCUGCAUUUUGUCUUUUGUCAAAUCGUACUUUAGUUUUGACGCCGUUUUUUAAUCUGGGAGGGUACGUGCGCGAUAUAAGCAAGGAGGAACAGAACCCAUUCAACGAGACGUUUGACGAAACAAACCUUAAGUCGCUUCUUCCUGUUACAACUGUUGAGACAUUUCUUCGCCAUUGUAGCGGGAAUUUGACCGUGUUUAAUUACAUAUGGCGUAAUAUGAUGAGGCCUGUGCUAAGAAAGUCUGCUAUGUCAUCUGUAAGCGUAGCUUAUCGGGAUGUUUUCAACAUAGAAUUGCCAGAUUUCGACGACACGAUUCGUGAAAAUAAGUACGAAAUGACGAUGAAUUCUAAUAUCACAUGUUUGUGCUUACUUGACUACUUCCCGAAUAGACCCGCAUAUGACGACAAACUCGCUGAUGCUUUAGGUUUGGUGAAUGCACAUCUAAAAAAGGCCCAAUAUAUACGACAUGCCGUCGACAGUGUGACGAUGAGAAUGUGCAACGGAAACUCAUUUCUGGCUUUCCACUGGCGGAAUAAAUCAGGGGAAAUUUCCUCCCUUCGAGGUGAGAGCGAUCGAACCGAGUAUGUUGAAAAUGCAAUGAUGGCGAAUGAGCUGGUUCCUAACAUUACGCAUCUCAUAGUGUCACAAAUGAAUCGCUAUUCCAUGGGAUGUGUGUACGUUGCACAUCCAACCUGGUCAAGCGAAAUCAUUGACUAUUUAUCAAGUGCAUUACCCCGUCAUUUGAUAUAUGACUCGUCUGAUAUAUUUCGUCUUCUGGGCAAUGACGGAAGUGACGUCUGGCGAGACGACUACAAACUUUCUUUACUGGAACAAGAAAUUUGUCUGAGAGCCGACAUGUUUAUUGGUACGUCGGACUCCUCAUGGUCUGUGUCUGUAGUCACAGAAAGAAACGCCAUGAGGAAGAAAUCAUUUUAUCUCACUGAAAUUAUGCCAGACGCACACAGUUUUAUUCGGGGUUUUCGUAAAUUUAAGACGUGA